CGCACUCCCGGUAGUAAUUUCACUUUGCCACGCGAGCUCCGCAGCCCCUAGAAAUCCCGCCCCCCGGCCCUGUCCCCGGCCAGGUGCGCGAGCUUGCGCGCUCCUCCUCCGCCUCCUCCGGCGGGUCCCUGGCGCGCAGGGGCCGGGGCCCGGCUGGGGCGGCUGCGCGCACGGCGCCUCUCCACCAACCCGCUCCCCUGCAGGUCCCUCGCUCGCUCUCCAUCCCUCUCCGGCGCUCCCUCGCUCCCCCCCGCCCUUUGAUUGACAGGCAAGAUGUCGGUGUGGAGCGAGGCAGGAGCGAUUGCAGCAACCGUCACUCCCGGAGCCCGGCGGCGGCAGCAGCAGCAGCGCGGGGAGGAGACAGCAGCCAGCCGCAGUAGCCGCCGCAGCCACGGGAGCAAUGCAGACAGCACCUUGAGAACGCGCUAAAGCACUCCCAACCGUGGACCAUGCCGUGUCCCUGCAACUGGGAGGGGGGCAAACCAGAUUUUUUUUGACAUAAAAGCCAGCCAGCCAAAAAUAUAUAAUUUUGUCCUUCAAGGAGCCGGUGUGUAAAGAGUGAGCGCUAUUUUCCUUCUCCUCCUCCUCCUCCUCUUCCUCCUCCUCUCCUUCUCCUCCUCUUUUUCCUCCUCCUCUUCCUCCUCCUUCUCCUCCUCCUCCUCCUCCCUAAGUGUACAGACAGCAUCACAUCACCUGGUUUGCUUCUGAGAAACAGCAUCUGUCCUUUUCAGGGACCAGAGACUCAGAGAGAGAGGAGACAUUCUAAUGGAGUCCGCUUGAUACCCCAAAAUAAAAUAAUAAAUUUUGGCUCUUGUCCCCUCCUCCCACUCCCACCCCCUCAACCCUGUGUGAGAUGUUGGAUUUCUUCAUGAGACAUUGUUGAGGAGUCGCAGUGGUUGGAAAGGCGGAGGGGUAGGCUACCUCUACUCCCCCCCCUUUUUUCUCUCUGGGAGGAGGAGGAGGGGAAGGGGGUUGCAGAGCAAGCGAUGGAUGAGGAAAACAUGACGAAAAGCGAGGAGCAGCAGCCUCUGAGUUUGCAAAAAGCCUUACAGCAGUGCGAACUGGUCCAAAACAUGAUAGACUUGAGCAUCUCCAACCUGGAAGGGCUUAGGACCAAAUGUGCUACCUCCAACGACCUCACACAAAAAGAAAUCCGGACCCUGGAGAGCAAGCUGGUGAAGUACUUCAGCCGGCAGCUGUCCUGCAAAAAGAAGGUGGCCUUGCAGGAGCGCAACGCUGAGCUGGACGGCUUCCCCCAGCUGCGGCACUGGUUCCGGAUCGUCGACGUGCGCAAGGAAGUCUUGGAGGAAAUCUCACCUGGCCAGCUGAGCCUGGAGGACCUCUUGGAGAUGUCGGAUGAGCAGGUGUGCGCGACCGUUGAGAAAUAUGGAGCCAACCGGGAAGAGUGUGCCCGCCUCAACGCCUCCCUCUCUUGCCUCAGGAAUGUCCACAUGUCAGGAGGCAACCUUUCCAAACAAGACUGGACCAUCCAGUGGCCCACCACAGAGACGGGGAAGGAGAACAAUCCUGUGUGCCCCCCAGAGCCCACCCCGUGGAUCCGCACCCAUCUCUCCCAGAGCCCAAGGGUCCAGUCCAAGUGCGUCCAGCACUAUUGUCACACCAGCCCCACUCCCGGGGCCCCUGUGUACACCCACGUGGAGAGGCUUACUGUGGACGCCUACCCGGGCUUGUGCCCGCCCCCGCCACUGGAGUCGGGCCACCGUUCCCUGCCCCCAUCGCCCCGGCAGCGGCAUGCGGUCCGCACCCCGCCACGCACCCCCAACAUCGUCACCACCGUGACCCCGCCAGGCACGCCGCCCAUGAGGAAGAAGAACAAGCUGAAGCCCCCGGGGACCCCACCGCCCUCCUCCCGAAAGCUGAUACACUUGAUCCCGGGGUUCACCGCACUGCAUCGGAGCAAAUCCCAUGAGUUCCAGCUGGCGCACCGCGUGGACGAGGCCCAUACGCCCAAAGCCAAGAAGAAGAGCAAACCCUUGAACCUCAAGAUCCACAGCAGCGUAGGCAGCUGCGAGAACAUCCCCUCCCAGCAGCGCUCCCCGCUGCUGUCCGAGCGCUCCCUCCGCUCCUUCUUUGUGGGACACGCACCUUUCCUGCCUUCCACCCCUCCUGUUCACACUGAGGCCAACUUCUCUGCAAACACACUGUCAGUGCCACGCUGGUCCCCGCAGAUCCCUCGCAGAGACCUCGGCAACUCCAUCAAGCACAGGUUUUCCACCAAGUACUGGAUGUCUCAGACAUGCACAGUCUGUGGGAAAGGGAUGCUUUUUGGCCUCAAGUGUAAAAACUGCAAGUUAAAGUGCCACAACAAAUGCACCAAAGAAGCCCCACCCUGCCAUCUCCUGAUCAUCCAUCGAGGAGAUCCAGCAAGGUUAGUCCGGACAGAGUCCGUUCCAUGUGACAUCAACAACCCUCUACGGAAGCCACCUCGGUAUUCAGACCUGCACAUCAGUCAGACGCUCCCCAAAACCAACAAAAUCAACAAGGACCACAUCCCCGUCCCUUACCAGCCAGACUCCAGCAGCAACCCCUCCUCCACGACAUCCUCUACACCCUCCUCGCCAGCACCCCCCCUCCCUCCUAGCGCCACGCCGCCUUCUCCCCUACACCCUUCCCCGCAGUGCACACGGCAGCAGAAGAACUUCAACCUGCCAGCAUCCCACUACUACAAAUACAAGCAGCAGUUCAUCUUCCCAGAUGUGGUGCCAGUGCCAGAGACACCGACCCGGGCGCCCCAGGUCAUCCUGCAUCCGGUGACCUCGAAUCCAAUCUUGGAAGGAAAUCCAUUACUUCAAAUUGAAGUGGAGCCAACGUCAGAGAAUGAAGAGGCCCACGAUGAGGCCGAGGAGUCAGAGGAUGACUUCGAGGAGAUGAACCUGUCCCUCCUCUCGGCCCGGAGCUUCCCACGCAAGGCCAGCCAGACCAGCAUCUUCCUUCAGGAGUGGGACAUCCCCUUUGAGCAGCUGGAGAUCGGCGAGCUCAUUGGAAAGGGCCGCUUUGGGCAAGUGUACCAUGGCCGCUGGCAUGGUGAGGUGGCCAUCCGGCUGAUUGACAUUGAGAGGGACAACGAGGACCAGCUCAAGGCCUUCAAGCGGGAGGUGAUGGCCUACAGGCAGACACGGCACGAGAACGUGGUGCUUUUCAUGGGCGCCUGCAUGAGCCCACCUCACCUGGCCAUCAUCACCAGCCUCUGUAAGGGACGGACGCUCUAUUCUGUUGUGAGGGAUGCCAAAAUCGUCUUAGAUGUCAACAAAACCAGGCAGAUUGCUCAAGAAAUUGUGAAGGGCAUGGGUUACCUCCACGCCAAGGGAAUCCUGCACAAGGACCUCAAGUCAAAGAACGUCUUCUACGACAAUGGCAAAGUAGUCAUCACAGACUUUGGACUCUUCAGCAUUUCUGGAGUGCUGCAGGCUGGCAGGCGGGAGGACAAACUGCGCAUCCAGAAUGGUUGGCUAUGCCACCUGGCACCAGAGAUCAUCCGCCAGCUGUCCCCCGACACCGAGGAGGAUAAGCUCCCCUUCUCCAAACACUCUGAUGUCUUUGCCCUUGGCACAAUCUGGUAUGAACUCCAUGCCAGGGAGUGGCCUUUCAAGACCCAACCGGCAGAGGCAAUAAUCUGGCAAAUGGGCACAGGCAUGAAACCCAACCUCAGCCAGAUCGGCAUGGGAAAAGAAAUCUCGGACAUUCUUCUCUUCUGCUGGGCCUUUGAACAAGAAGAGAGACCUACCUUCACCAAGCUCAUGGACAUGCUGGAGAAACUGCCAAAGCGAAACCGCCGCCUGUCUCACCCUGGACAUUUCUGGAAGUCUGCAGAGCUGUGACCUUUGGACUCCGGGACGGCACUCAGCUGCCUGGGCUCCCGUCACCUGUCCCUCCCUGCUCUGUCGUCUGCCAGCUCCAGAGACCAGAGACUCAGCAUCAGAGGGCACUGACCCUGACUGACCUGGGAGCACUGGAUGACUGCUCGGCAGCCUCCCUGCACCUCCGACUUGAGCACUUUUCCUCGGGCAGGGUUGGGGACCCCCAAGCUAGGACAGAACCGGACCAGCCAGGGUGAUGCGGUAUUGAUCAGUGCGGCCUGGGGAACAGCACAAAUGGGAGCACUGCUGGCUGCAUGUGGUGCCUUUGGGCUAUGGGACUAGGACAGGAGGCCCCACGUGGGCGGGCUCGCAGACCGGGCUAUGUGUGUGCGUGUCUGUGUGUAUGACACUGUUCACUCUCGUUUCACCUUGACAAGCAAGAGCCAGACUGUCCCAGUGAUGGGGCGCCCCUCAGUUGUUAUGUGUCUGUGUGGUGGGUUCCAGCUGUCUGACCUGGGAAAGUAAGAGGCAGGUACAGAGCCAAGCGCCAGCUUAGUCAAGGCUACUGAGCCAAGAUCGAGUAGGGAAGGCUGGGGGUAGCUAAGCUUGUUCCUUUGGAAAUAUAUGCUUUCAGACACCCCAACCCAAACCUGUCGUGGUGUGUGGCACCUUUGCAUAGGGCUCCGAAGUACAGUAGGAAAGUUAGAACGUCUUUUGAGUUCUGGGUCUCUCUGGGGGACCUAUUCCCCCAGUUUUGCCUCACUGCCCCCACCUCCUUGCGAUUUGGAAAACCAAGAUGACUUCUGGGGGCUCCUUAGAGCUCACGGUCAUUCAGGGCACCCCCUGAAGUCUGGGCCCUGAGAAUCGGACUCUGGGCAGGGAGUCCUAGGACAUUCCUUUUCUUCCUUCUUCUCUACUACUGACACCAGUGAAGCUUAUCCCCCCACCUUGGUAGAUGUGGGUCCUUGGAAUACGUCCAUGUUAGGUUAUGUGGCUGUACAUAUGAUUACACGUUUGCAAAAGAUUUCCCUGCUUUUCACCCUUACGGAGUCCUAUUGAGGGAACACAAAGGGAGGGUGUUUGUUAAGGUUCUGCCUUCUCCACUCUAGCCUGGUGCAGGGUCCUCAAGUGGCUUCCCCAUUGGGAGCCUUUGUUCUCACCUGUUCCCUCAGUGCCCACCUUCCCUCCCUCCUCUUGCUCCCAGCCUGGGCAGGCGACUCUUCCUGACCAUGUUGGGGAAACCACCGGCGUUCUGCAGGAAGGAUGCCAGGAGCAGGCUGGGUGUGCAGAGCUAUGGGAGAGGAGAGCCUCUGGGUCAUUUGCCCAUGUUUUCAAAGCCCUGACCCCCUGGACAUGACCUGGUACAAAAGGGAAAUCUGUCCCCAAGCAGAGCAAUAGUAGGGGCAUCUGGGCAGUGAACAGGAAGCCCAGGGUAGUCCACAGCCCCUCUGUAUUUCCCAGGCACUGCCUGGGCCCUAGUUUUCUUGUAGCUGCUACCUAUCCAGGCAUCUCCCUCCUAGAGAGCCAAAGAGAGGAAGUGGAACUUCAGACACGCUACCUGACCUUCCUCUCAAAAUCCAAACAGACCUAUGGGGAUCUGUUCCCCACCUUGUGUGGCUCCCAGACUGGUUCAUGCUCUGGGGGCCAAACCUGCUUCCAACCCGGGAAGAAUGAUGAGACCAGUUCUGCUUCCCAGGAGCCUGGCCAAGGGAGACCCCUGUGUUUUCCAGAGAUCCCUCCUGGAUUGCCUUUCCAACACUCCCAGCUGUUUGGGAUCAGAGGACUAAAGACCCUGGCUUGGGCUGCUCCUAAGUGGACAUUGCUCUUCUGGGGACAUCUGUGGCUCUUGGUUUAACAUGUGUGUGUAUGUGUCUUGGAGGCAUUUUAUACAUGUUUGCCUGAGCCCCAGCCACUCUGGGGUUGCUGGGGAUGGCGCUUGUCAAUGGACACCUCUCCAUCCCAACACAACACUCUGCGUCCCAGUCCUGGGCCUGGAUUUGCACCUGCCUUGGCUCUGCCCAGCAGCCUACUGAGUGCCUGAAACCCAAUCACUCCCUUCUCUUCCAUCACAGCAGGACUUCUUGAGUCCACGGGCUCCCGUCUUUGUCAUGUUCCUUUGUGCCAAGAGAGAGGCUACGAGGAAGGGAAGAGGCAGCCAGGGUCCAUUCCCCUGCAGCUGAAAUGUCCACAAGAACGCACCUUCUCAUCCUUGCCUCUCCUGUUUCAAGAAUUAAGUAAAAUGUCCAACCACAGCCUUUGGCAAGGCCUAACAUGGUCUCUAAUAGUUGAUUUUUCCAUUCAUUCAGGAGCACCAGUUUGGGAUUAAGACUGACAGGGCCUGAGUGAUCCGGGGAGAAACCCCAGCCCUUUGUGGAACAAGGUUCAUUGGGUCCAUCCCCGAAUCUGUGUCUUUUGCUCUUGACUUCUCGAUCCUUCCCCACUUCUCUACUCUGUCUCUACCUGCAUUGGUCUCUGCUACGGCCAGGCCAGGCUCCUGGCCUUCAGUCCCUUCCUGACACCCCUACCCUCCCCUGUCCCCUAGACACUGCCCUGACUUGUUGAAAAGCCAGCUCUAAUUUGCAGACAUUUGAAUCCAGGAAGACCCAAACCACUGCCUUCCCUGCUGGCCUCCAUCUUUAUUCACUGAGGAAGUAUUGGGAGGAGGUUAUAUUCAUCUUAUGCAGGGAGAGAGGAAAACAGAGGAAAGAGGCUAUAUAUUUUUACAUUGUAAUUUCCAGCCUCACUUACAACUCAUUCUAUACAAUCCACACGGCCGAGAUUUGUAUGUUUGCCCUUAUCCCAUCACAGCUGCACACGGGUGCCCAGUACACAUAAGUCACUGACUCAACAGCAAGUUGUUCCAGUCUGUCUUGCUUUUAGCAAACCCUUAUAUAUACAGACUUCCCAAGGGGACCAGUCCACAGGGUGAAGAUUCACCAGGAAGCCUUGGCUUUGCAGAGAAAAACAUCUCAGCUUUCUUUAAAGGGCAUGUGGAUUUGCACAUAAAUUUCACCUAAUUCUUCUAGGACACAGGUUGUUCAUAAAACCAAGGAUCUUCCUUCUUGGUCUUCUGUGUGGGAACAUGCCCCUGUGUCCAUAUCCCCAGAGCCAAGCUGGAAACCCAAAAUCAUUGCUUAGAUCCAUUUUGUCCUGGUAUUCCUUUUACUGAUCAAAGAGAAAAUUUUCAUCUUGCCAAGGACCCCCCCACCCCAUCCUCACCCCAUCCACUUGUCUCCACAACUACCUUGGAUUGUCAGUCAACAGAAGCCCUUGACUGAUAUUGAUCACUAGACUUUUGUAUCCAGGAAACCUAGUUCUUCCCUUUUUCUCACCUCCUAUGCCAUAUACACACAUUAUGCCCCUCUACACGUACACACAAAACCAGCCUUCUCUCACCUUCUACAAUUCCUAUCCUGACCUAUGCCUGAUCAUCAAAGGUACGGGGAGGAAGUCAUGGACACAGGGCUCAGGCCAAUCAUUAUCAACCCAGGGUUGCAGGCUACCCCUUAUAGGCCAUAUCCAGCCUGCCAAAUGGUUUUUACAUGUUUUAAUUGAGGAAAAAUCUCAUGACAUGAAAAUUUUAUAACAUUCAAAUUUUAUGUCAAUAAACAAAAUGUUAUUACAGCACUAUCACUUCUCCAUUUAUGCCACCACGGCUGCUCCUGUGCUACAGUGAUGGAGCUGGCUAUUUGUGACAGAGACACUGUGGCCCACACAGUCAAAAACAUUUACAAUCUGGCCCUUUCCUAACUUCACUAACCUUUGAUAGAGAGGAUUGGAUAUGGCUGUCAGGGGAGGAACAGGAGCCAUGGGGGAAGUUGCAGGGGUGAGAGAAAAAUCUUGUUUCAGUGGAAGAAGGCCAGCUUGCCCCAAGAUGCAGCAGCUGCCUCAGGAAGUAGAGAACUCCCUCUCCUUGGAGAGGGUGGAGCAGAUGUUGACUACUUGGCAUGUGUGAUAUGGAGGCAAUUCAGGCCCUGAAAGCUAGAUCAACUCCCUAGACUUUAAGACUUGUAAUUUGCUAAGGUGGUUAUGAUAACAAAAUAUCACACACUGAGUGGCUUAAACAACACGAAUCUAUGCCUCACAAUUCUUGAGGCUGGAAGUCCAAGAUCAAGGUGUCAGCAGGGUUGGUUUCUGGUGAGGCCUCUCACUUUGGCUUGCAGACGGCUGCCUUCUGAUUGUGACCUCAAGUGGCCUUUCCUCUGUGACUGCACAUCCCAGUAUCUCUUCCUCUUUGAUAAGGACAACUGUCUUCUUAGAUUAGGGUCCUACUUUUGACCUAUUUUAGCCCAUUACCUCUUUAAAGGCCCUAUCUCCUUGUCCAGUCACAUUGAGGGUUUGGCCUUCAACGUGAGAAUUUAAGCAGGACACAAUUCUGUCCAUAGCAAAGACGCUUGAUAUUUCCAAGGCUCUGUGAUUUUACUCUCAUCCCUGGCUUUCUUUCCCCACACUGUUUCUCAAUCUUGGGUCCCCAAAUAUGCCCUCCCUUUCCUCAUCCUGUGCCCACCUUCACUUCACCCAUCCAUCCCCCACAGGCUGGUCUUGUUCCACUGUGCUCACCAGUAUCCCCCAGCCCCCCUCACCUCUGUGAGGCUCCUAGAACUGCUGCAACAAACCACCACCCACUGGGGGCUGAAAAUAGCAGAUAUAUCAUCUCUCACCCAUCUGAAUGCUGGAAGUCCAAGAUCAAAGUGUUAGCAGGGCCAUGCUCCCCCUGAAAUCUGUAAGGGAAUCCCUCUUGGUGGCUUCUUAACCUCUGGUGCUUUCCUGGUCAUCACUGGCAUUCCUUGGCUUGCAGCCGUGUCAGUCCAGUCCCUGCCUUCAUCAUCUCUGUGUGCGUCCGUAUCUUCAUAUGGCCGUCUUCUUAUAAGGACACAAGUCAUAUUGGAUCAGGGGCCCACCCUACUUAAGUAUGACCUCAUCUUAACUAAUUAUAUCUGCGAUGACCCUUUCUCCAAAUCAAGUCACAUUCUGAGGUACUAGGAAUGAGGACUUAAACAUGUUUUUUUUGUUGUUGUUGUUGUUGUUGUUUUUUUUGGUGGGGGAAGGAUUUGGGGAGACCACAGUUCAACUUAUAACACCCUCUAAGACAUUUUCUCUUGUGCCUUGACUGGUCCCUCCACUGCAGCACCCAGGUCCCCUGGAAGACAGAUUCCCCAGACUUCCUGGUCCCUGAGGUCAGGCUCUUGCUGUCAUGCUUACCAAGCUUACUACAAUCAACACGUCCCAUCACUGACUUCCAGAAGCCGGGAUCUCAGUUCUGUGGCUGUGGGGAACAGGCUGUAAGUGGCUGGUCUGUAGUAAGACUGUCACUUGACCCCUGAAUGUGCUUCAUAGCCCCAUCCAAAGCGGUUGGUGACACAGCAUCUGAUUUGUUCUAUACUCUCAUUCACUGACAAAGGAGUGGACUUUGAUGAGCUACCUUUUGCUGUUUCCUUUUUUGGCUUUGCCUGUGAUGUGGGGAAGUUCCCAGGCAGACUCACACAGCCACUUUCCCUGGCUCCCAGCCUCGCCUCCUCCAACCCUACCUCGCCCUCACGUGCACACACCUGAAAAGGAAUCGCCUUGAACUCCAAUGGGAGUGACAGGCAGCAAAUGUCAGUCUGGGAUUUGGAAUGUGGGGCCAUAGUGAACCUCUGUCCUCUCUGGUCAGUGCCUAUGAUAUUAACCCAAAUCCCAGACUCCCUUCUCGAGGCUCUGCAAUCCAUGGCCAUUCCAUUACCAGUUUAAUUUUGAAAAUGGUAGUUGGGCAGGAAGCUGGUAGAAAAUCUGCAGUCCCAGUGGCCUCCUGGACUUGUCUUAAUGGUACCUGGCACAUAGUAGGUGCU